CAUACUUGUUUAACUACUUCACCAAUGAAGCACUGGAGUGUACUACGCUGAUCUCUGGCGGUGGUAGUGGCAGCAAGGGUGGUGCUACUUCUUUCUCUGCACUGGGAGCAAUGAUUCCCAUGCUGCAACCCCCACUGCCAAGUUCGGUCCACUCGCCCAGAUUCUUCAAGCCUCCUCCGCCAUAGUCAACCAUGUUGAAAGAAGCACCACUGAAGACAAAGCAGCCUAUUAUACCACAACCUCCAUCUCUGCAUCCAACUAACCAGACUAAGCAGAAACCUCCUAUUAGAAAUUACCUGCCAUCACCACCAAUCCAUCAUUAUCCUUACGCAUCACCACCACCACCAACUCAUUAUUCUGGUUAUGCCUCACCUCACCUCCUCCCUAUCUUCCUUCUCCUCGAACCCAUCACCUUUAUACACAACCAUUGCCACCUCCACCACAUAUUGGGGUGCCGCCACCAAUCCAUCAUUAUACAACGCCUCCACUCGCAGAAGAAUUCUACCCACCUCCAACCAGUGCUAUGCCACCACAUGUUUCUAUCUCUCUCUCACCUCCAUUUGGGUGCGUCAUAGAAUCACCUCCUUUGCCACCAAGUCAUGCUUCCCAACCACCAUCACCACCACCAGAAGCCUGGUCCAAGUUGCCUUAUGUAACCAAUGAACAUGGGAGUAAGUAGGAAUUUGGAAGUGAUUUCAAAUCGCUGAGAUCAGCUGGGAUCGAUGUGUUGAAUUUGUUUGUUAUCGGAGAGAACAAGCCUCUACAGCGGAUUGAGGACAGUAGCUCACCCAGCUUCUCUUAGAGGAAUGACUUUCUCCUACAUCCAACCAAAUCGGCAUGGACGUAAGAAGAUUCAGUUGCUUUGGUCGCCGCUGCAACAUAUUCAUACGAGUACUCCUGUGCGGUCUGGGAGGCGCCAAUGGAUUCUGAUUUCGAUAAUUUUCAGGUAAGGUUUCCGGCAUCAAGCCUGUAAAUUUCUCCAUCUUUUUACACUUAAGAUUUCACGGGUAGAAUUAAUGUCAUCGUCAUCAUCCAAGUAAGGUUUUUUCCGGCAUCGAUUUUUUAAUUUCUGAAUUUGGUUCCCUGUUUUGGAAUCCAUUAUACUUAAACUUGUCGCCAUCAAGCCUGUAUUUCAACCUUCUGCGCAACAAGACAAAAGUCUUAAGACUCUGAGUUUGGGUUAACAGCAGCAACAUGGACGCCAUGGGACAGAGAUUAUAAUCCAACAAGGUACGAGCGAGUUGACUCAUCUAACUCGGGUACUGACAUCUUAUAAUCCACGUAUCUAGUAUGCAUUACACGCCACAACACAACAUAACACAACACGUGUCUGUCUAACAUUUAUUACUCUAGGUGGCAGCAGUUUCUUUAAUUUGUUGACAGGUCACUCAUUCCCUCUUAAUUCAUUAUGUACAUCAUAUACUGGUGUCUGUUCACAACUAUGAUUAUACUGUCUUAAGCUUACGAAGAGGUUGAGGUUCGAUAGACAUAUUUGUAAAGAAGCAGAAGGUCUAUUAGGUGGACUGUUAUGUUGCUAGAACAACAGCACUGUAAGUGCAAAUAAACCUUAUAACAAUACAGGUUGAAAACUCCCCUCAUCACCCUUGCCAGUUACUCUUGUUCUAUGGCCAUCCACAAACAUAGCAGCGGAAAGAAAUAUGAAAAUAUUUAUUGCACUUGCAAUACUCUUCCGUGGCUUUUUUGGGUGGCAUGAGUGGCAUUUAUCUUCAUCAUGAUCAAAAAAAAAAUUUCGUCAUUCAACUCCAAGAUUAUCCAAAAUCAUUUAAUGGAAGAGAUUAGACUGAGCUCUAGCAACCACAAGCUGGACACACCUUUUCCCUCAACCAGUUCUCCACAGACAUAUGUCCAUCGACUAGGUCUCAAUUUCAUUUCCUCCCCUUUUGGUCUGAGCAUCCAGAUUGUUUAAAGACCAUCUCUGACAUAUGGGAAAAUUAUAUGAGUGGUACCCCAGCUUUUCAAAUCAUUUCAAAAUUGAAACAAUGUAAACAACAAAAAAAAUUUGGUCUCACACAAGACCAACUCCAAAGGCUCUCAAGUCACAUCUCUAGUCUCCAAAUGAGCAUAGGCUCCGACGCAGACUCAAACCAAUUAAACCUCCUUGUACAAGAAUACUACUACUAGCUUAGGAAAAGAUGAGCAAUUAUAGAGGUUGAACUCAAGGGAGCUCUCUGGCUAAGGGAUGGAGGCAAGAACAUCAAAUUCUUUCAGCAAGAAUAUAAAAAAUAAUAUAGAAUGGAUAAAAAAAAGCAUACGAUACCUGGACUUCCAACAAGGUUGAAAUAGCAAAAAUCUUCAAGAAUAUCAUUUUGGAAGUUGGAGGAGUGGAUGAAAAUUUUGAUCCCUCAUCAUUAGACACUCUCUCUCCCUCAGCUUCAAAACAACCAUGUGAUCUCAUUGAUGCAACCACCAACUUAUGAAGAAGUCUCGGUAGCUGCACCCUCGUAAAGCCCUAGGCCCAGAUGGAUUUAUAGCUUUCUUCUACCAACAAUACUGGAAUACAAUAGGAAACGAUAUCUAUAACAUGGUGGUCAUUUCUUCAAUUUUGAGCUUUUACCUAAGGAGAUAAAUAAUACUAAUUUGGUUUUUGUUCCAAAGAACAACCAACCAAUGGAUGCAGCCAGUUACAGGCCAAUUAGCGUUUGCAACGUGCUCUACAAGAUCAUUUCCAAAUGGCUAGUCAUGAGAUUACAACCAAUGCUGCAGGAGAUUAUCUCACCAUUUAAGACAAGUUUUUAAAGGAGAGGCAAAUUGUUGACAACAAUCUUCUAGUAAGGGAAGGGAAGUUGCACAUAUGAUGAAAGCUCAGAAAAGAGGUAAGGGAUACAUAGCCCUCAAAUUUGACAUGUUGAAAGCAUUUGAUAGACUGGAGUGGGAAUUUUUACAAGAGACUCUACAUAAAAUGAAUUUUCCCAGUAAAUGGUACAAUCUAAUACAUCAGUGCAUCUCCACUCCCUCUUUUCCCAUCAAAUUAGGAGGGGAAGCCCAUGGCUACUUUCAUCUCAAAAGGAGGCCUUCAUCAAGGAGACCUAUUCUUGCCUUAUUUAUUUAUUAUUGGCAUGGAGGUUCUCACCUAAUUUCUAAACAAUGCGCCUAAUUCAGGUCUCAUAGAAGGUACCAAAUUAUGUCAUGAUGGCACACCUAUCACACAUCUUUUCUUGGGAAAAGUACGGAAGCACACAAUGCAGAAUUCUGAAUUCCAGCCGCCCCCCCCUACAACUAGCCCUCUCCCCCCUAUAAACCACAUCCUGCCUUCACAGUCAGAUGCAUUCUCCCUGUACUUUGGGCCUAAUAAAUUUUGAUCUGGGCUGAUUGGUACUUCUCCCUCUUUUCUUGACAGCAUGCUUUUUUGUAAAGCUGAUCUACCGCAAAUCAAGGCCCUCAGACAAAUACUUCACAACUUUGAGAAGACAUCAGGCCAGAGAAUCAAUUAUGGGAAACCAAACUUGAUGUUUAGCAGAAAUGUACCACGUCAGCAUCAAAAGUUCUUCUCCAAAGUUAUCAAGGUGAGUAAAUGCAUGUGGGGCACUAAAUAUCUAGGUUCUAGAGUGGAAAUAAAUGCCAAAAAUCAGAUUUCCAAUAAAGAAUUGUUGGACCGCAUACACUCUAGAAUUAAUUCAUGGAGCUCAAAGUUACUUUCUCAACCGGGAAGAACCACAUUAGUGAAGUCAGUCAUACAAUCCAUUCCAAAUUAUUCAAUGGCAUUUAUGAUUCUUCCUAAUACAUUUCAUACCCAAUAUGAUAAGCUCACAAGGGACUUUUGGUGGCAAGCUGAAUCACAUAGUGUUAAGCACACAAUCUCAUGGCAAAAAUUAUGUCUUCCUAAAGCAGCCGGAGGAUUAGGAUUCAAGAAGAGCCUAUUAAUGAAUAAAACUAUGUUCAACAAACAGAUAUGGAGGUUGUUUACACAACAGAGCAGUAUAUGGCGCCGACUAGUUAAGGAAAAAUAUUUUCCUAAAUGUAAUCCCUUCAUGGCAAAGAAAGGGCAGCAAAGCUCUAAAUGGUGGAAACAAGCUCAUAGUUGAUUAGUUGAUUUAAAGCCAAAUCUACUAUGGAUUGUAAAAGAUGGCUCAUCUAUAUCAGCUUUUGAUGAUCCUUGGGUACCAACUAUUCCAAGUGGAGUACCGAUAGCAAGUCCUACAUGUGAGUCACACACCUUGAAGCCGAAGGUAGCAGACCUUUUAAGUGGGGAAUAUACAUGGGAUCUAAGAGUGCUACAACAUUUCUUUGAUGAGGCUACAAUGAGUCACAUCACACGAAUAAGACCUCAGACAGAUCUAGUAAGGGACCAAAUGAUUUGGAAAAGAACCAAUUCUGGGGUUUUUGCAGUUAAAUCUGUGUAUAAAAGUUUUCUCUCAUUAUUGCCUUCUCCUUCAGCCCCUCACUUCAAUUGGAAUCUGCUUUGGAAGCUUAAGAUCUCUUAUAGAUGCCAAGGUUUUGUCUGGAAAGCGUUAUGGGAUGGUGUAUUAACAAAGGACAAGUGUGCUAAAUGGCUAUCUCCACAUGAUCAAAUUUGUUGUUUUUGUUUACAACAACAAGAAACUUUUCAUCAUCUCUUCUUCACGUGCUCUUAUGCUAGGGCUAUUUGGUGUGAAGCAUAGAUUGGGAUUAAUCCAGACGCAAUGGUGAUGCAACCUCUGCAACUCUUAGUUGAAGAGUGGCUUAGGUCUUUGCAACUUCAAAUGACCAAGCAAGAAAUCUCUUCUUACUUUGGGAAAUUUUGUGUGAUGGUAUAUCUAAUAUGGCAAGCACACAACAAGAAAAUAUUUGAUGGAUUUGAGAUGGUGCCUUUUGAUAUAAUAAGCAAAGCCAAAUACUACAUCUCUGGUGAUAGCAAUCUAUUGGCAAGGGGUGUGCAAGAACAAUGCAUUAACAUGAUCAGUGUAGGGGAUUGUGCUACUCUUCACAUAGAUGGCUCAUUUAACCCAAACACAGGUGCUGCAGGACAAGAAGACACCAAUAGAAACUUCACAAUAGCUGAAGGAAGAAGUUGUUGGGCCGUAGAAAGUUAUGAUGCAGAGCUUCGUGCCUUAGCUAGUGGUCUAGAAGCAGCUUCAACAGCCAAUAUAGUUGAUAUAACAAUAUAUUCUGAUUGUCAAAAACUAGUUAAUCUCUUCACAAUUCACACCAAACCAAGUUCAUGGGUAGAACAGAUGCAUUGGGCUCACAUCCGGAGGCUGCUGCUUAGUUUUCAAUCCUUCUUGCUUAUUGAUGUAAAUAGACAUUUAAAUCCAAUGGCCCAUCUUUUUGCUUGCUUUGCUCGUAAGGGUAAAGUCAUUCCAGCAUAUCAUUCUACUGUGAAAAAAGAAAAGAAAAAGAAAAAAGCAGCAGUCUGAUUCGUCAUUUUUAAUUGUUUUUUUUUUUGUUUAAUUGUGGAUUUUACAUGGCUCUUCCCCAUCCCUCUCAGGUUUAAUGCAAAAUUUCCUUUGAUUUUAUCGAUUGAAUUCGGUUAUUUGGGUUUCGUCUUUCCAACCCUGCUUAGACUAUUGGGGUUUUCAACUCAGAAUUUGAGAAUAUGCUCUGUUUGUUUUAUAGACUAGACAUUGCGUUCUUAAUCGUUUUGUGGUGGGUGAAGGUGUUGAAGAUAUGAAAGGAGAUUUUAACAGCAACAAACCAACCGUAAUAGGAAAGGUUAAAUAGAUUGUUUUGCGUUUUCUUAGUGCUUAUUUUGUCAUUACGAAAAUUAAGAUGCGCAUGAUUGACUUGAGAUUUCUGUGUGGUUAUGAUUAUGAAGAGAAGAGGGAAUGACUAGUGGGAAGUGGUUAAUGAUUAGAAGGGCAAGAAGAGAGAGGAAGGGGAUGCACAGCCAAUGGUGAUUUGGGAAAGACUCCGUCUCCGUUGUAGCAGGGGAGACCAAAGAGCGAGAAGACCGAAAGAAAUGAAGAAUAAAAAGGAGAGAGAGGGAGGGGAAUUGCAGCAGCGCUACCUUGAUUCCGGUGGGAUGCUUGUUGAAGAGGGUGAAUAUAUUCUGAAGAGGAUUCAGGGUUCAUAGAACACGAGCGAGCUCUGUUAACUGUUAUUAUGUAGAUGUAAUAUAUUCUGUUUUCUGAGGAUUUAUGAUAUUCUAUGAGCCAGUUGAAUCGGCAAAGCCUCAGUGGGCCAGUAGAGGAUUCGAAUGUGGUCUGUAUUUUUUGAUGCACGCACGUAGACCACAUACUUUUUUUGGCUGUCUGCUCAUUUACACAUAUGCCACCAACCAUACAAGGGCGGGCGAGCCGAGAGCGAGAGAGAGAGAAAGAGAGAGAGAAGGGGAUGUUCCUCUCAGGUACAAGCGCUCAGCUAGUUCCCUUCUCAAAAGCCGUUACCAGCACCAGACACGGCCUUCGUUUCCCUUCUCUUUUUCAGUUUCCUUGCCCUGCACAGGGAGCCCAAAAACCAACUUUCUUCCCUUCUUCUUCAAUAUCUCGAUUCACUGUCAACUGCAAAGCGAGUGUAGGUGAAGAUGAUUGGCUCUCUACCACCUCCCCCUACGACGUUCUCGGGGUCGACCGAGACUGCUCGCCGGCUGACAUCAAAGCUGCUUUCCGAACCAAAGUAAAGCAGUUUCAUCCCGACGUUUGCAAAGAUGCUAGGGACUCGGAUACAAUGAUCCGACGGGUGAUUCAGGCAUACGAGAUGUUGUCGAAAUACCACCAAUCUGAGACUACUUUGAGGGAGAGUUUGGAUCCUUUUGAUGAGCCAGAAUGUGAGGCAUUGGAUCUAUUUGUCAAUGAGUCUAUUUGUCUUGGGAAAGGAUGCCCUUAUUCUUGCGUAAAAACAGCACCUCAUGCCUUCUCAUUCAUGUCUUCAACUGGUACUGCACGUGUAACUUCUCAAGGUCAUGAUGAAGAUUACCAAGUCCAGGUUGCAGUUAGCCAGUGCCCAAGAAGUUGUAUUCAUUAUGUCACACCUUCUCAAAGAAUUAUUCUUGAGGAGCUACUUGAAAGUAUCUUGUGCAUGACUUAUAACAGUUCGGCGGAGGCAGACUUGCUUUAUUCUCUCAUUACUAAAGCUCAAUUUGAGAACAACAGGCCCUCUCAUGGGUUGGGCGAAUGUUCGAUAAAUGAAGCUGAAGCAUGGGUCGUGUUGGAAGCAUUGUCAUCAUAGAGGGCGAUUCAAAAUUUCAAAUAUCAUCAUCAACAGCCUCUGUGGAUGCAUUCAAAGAAGGGAACUCCGUAGCAGGCAGGUUGGCAAGCUUGGGUCAUGUGAUGGAUGUUUCUAACUCUAGUUUGUUUUGUUUCUUUUUUUCUUUCUCCAAGCAUCAUUCCCCUUUUUAAUUGAUUUCUCCAUCUAUAAAAAAAAUGUUUAAAUUA